GGCUUCCCGCAGAAUGGGCAAGAAGCAGGUGCGCCCCCCACGAGCUCUUCCACCUGUGCCAAGUACUGCCCAAGAUGAUAUCCCACUUAAUCGUCCUAAGAAAAAGAAGUCCAGGCCAAAAAACACACUUGUCAGUACCUCUUUGGAUGGUCUUGUCCAGGCUGCUGUCCGUGGGCCUUCUGAAGUCAGUGAGCCAACGAAAGAGCCCACGGAGCAGCCAGAAGCUCCUGGUCAAAGGAGAAACAAGAAGACAAGACUUCCCCUUGAAUUGGAGACUUCCUUUCCCCAAAGAAAGGCAUCCAGUCCGUCUUCAUUACGCAAUGAAAAUGGCCUGGAUGUGGAGCCAGCUGAGGAGGCAGUGAUUCAAAAACCUCGAAAAAAGACAAAGAAGACGAAGCCACCAGAAUCACAGUAUGCCAAUGAGCUAGGCGUGGAAGAUGAAGACAUAAUUACUGACGAGCCAAACAGUGUAGAGCAGCGCACUGUCUUCACUGCCCCCACUGGCACCAGCCAGCCUGUGGGCAAAAUAUUUGUGGAAAAAAGCCGGCGGUUCCAGGCCGCGGAUCGGUCAGAGCUGAUAAAGACCACAGGAAAUGUAGAAAUGUCCAUGGACAUGAAGCCCUCCUGGACGACUAGAGAUGUGGCUCUCUCCAUACACCGGGCUUUCAGGAUGCUUGGUCUCUUUUCUCACGGCUUCUUGGCUGGCUGUGCCGUGUGGAAUACUGUUGUGAUAUAUGUUCUGGCAGGAGAUCAGCUCUCGAACCUUUCCAACUUUCUGCAGCAGUACAAGACUUUGGCCUAUCCAUUCCAGAGUCUCCUCUACUUGCUUUUGGCUCUAAGUACUGUCUCAGCUUUUGACAGAAUCGACUUUGCUAAGACAUCGGUGGCAAUCCGGAGUUUGCUUGCCUUGGAUCCAACCGCUUUAGCAUCUUUCUUGUACUUCACUGCUCUGACCCUAUCUCUGAGCCAACAAAUGACAAGUGACAGGAUCCACCUGUACACACCUGCCUCUGUCAAUGGGAGCCUCUGGGCAGCCGGAACUGAGGAGCAGAUUCUGCAGCCGUGGAUGGUGGUGAAUCUGGUGCUAGCUCUGCUGGUUGGAUUGUCCUGGCUCUUUUUAUCUUAUCGGCCUGAGAUGGAUCUUAGUGAAGAGCUGAUGUUCUCCUCGGGUGUGGAAGAGUCUCCUGCUCAAGGCCCAAGGACCAAAGGCUCCGCAUAAGACCAGCUCACCUGCAGAAUAAGGAUGACCCAGUAUUUAUAAACUGUCUCCUUUUUAAAAUGUAUUUUUAUAAGACUUGUCUGUGUAUUUGUAAUUGAUUUUUUGAUUAAUACUGAAAAUUUUCUCAAGAUGAUGGAAAAUGUUGAAAUUAUAUCUGCUAUUUAUACCCAAACAGUAAUUUUUAUAGCUUUGUCAUCUUAAUGCAAAGGUGGUAAUAGAUAGAAAUUAGCAAGUGAAAGUGCUUAUUUUCUCUGAUUACUUGAAUUUAUAAUCAUUAUCUUAAAAGAACUAAUGUAGAAAAACCAUAAUUUUAGUAUUGUAAAAUGUAUCAAGUUUAAACAUAAAUUUGGGGAGGAGUGUUGGAGGGGAAAAAAAAGACAUUUUUAUUUAUUUUUGAUGUCUCUUUGCAGAAUAAAUUGAAAUAUGACAUUUAUCUUUUUUGAAACUGGCUUGGUGAUUGUGUAUCAUGUCAUGAUUGCCAUGAUUUUAAUGUCAUCCGUCUUGGAGGUGUUUUACUUCAUAGCUAAUAAAAGUUUU